AAUUUCAAUGGUUAAUUUCGCAGAGACGCGUCACCACUUUGCCACUAAAACAGCCUUCUUUUUUCGACCAGAAUUAAGAUGGUAUAACGAAAAUAAUAGUAAUGGUGGUAAUAUUAGGAGUGAUUUACCUAAUAUAGUCCUUCAGUAUAACCUUUUUGCUCAACAAGACGCUUGGCGUAAAUCACCUGUAAAUCAACCUUCAAAACUCAUAUAUUUGGAUGAAUUUCAUGAAUUUGAGACAAGAUCAUUUGAACUCAAACUAUGCCCUUCUCAAUACACGUCACACGACGUGUUUUUCAGUAUUCUUAAAGAACAUCUCACCGAUUGGGGUGACUAUUAUGAGGUUUGUGAUGACUAUCUCAUCAAACGAAUGAUAUUUUAUAUGGAUAAAAUUAUUGGAGAUGGAUUGAAAAAGGGUCGUGGUACUAAUUGUCAGAUUUUUGUUGAUAUGACUUUGAAAUUGGAAUAUGUUUUGGAUGGGAGAGUACCGUGGCGAUUGAGUGGGGGUAUGGUACCUGCUAGUAAGACAUCAAUAAUGGCGUUGCCUGAGAGAAUGGAGAUUGAUGAUGAUCAAGGUUUGAAGGUUAUUGAUUGUGUCAUCUGUCUUGAACAACUUGUGCCCAAGAAGGAGGGUGGAAAGAUCGUUUGUAUGCCUUGCUCCCAUAUGUUUCAUGGAGAUUGUAUUAUAACCUGGUUGGACAGGAGCCAUUAUUGCCCUAUUUGCCGCUAUGACUUGCCAACACCAUGAGAGCUAAAUCAUUUUGAAUAGACUCUUAGCUUCAUGUUUUCUUUUUUGUAAUGAAUUGAAUUCAACAAGUUUAGAAUUCCAAGC